AUGUCUGCCCUUCACAGUAAAGACCUCGUAGAGAAGGAUGACGAUCGGUUGGAACGAAUGAGAGAAAGCCAAAGGAAGCUUCGUAGUCAGAGAAAGCAGGAGCUAGAAGUGGUCAGAAACGAAAAUCUGGAACUCAUGAGAAAGAUUGAGGAACUUUCAGCCAAGAAUGAACUAUUGAAGAAAGACUUCAUGUUUGCCCUUUCAGCAUUUGAUGAUGAAAUGACCAGUAAGCAGUUGACCAAAUUGGUUACAGAAGGAGAUAUCACCCCCAGCACAUUGGAAUCGAUCUCUCUUGAGGAAUUUGUCACUUUUAAUGGAUAUGAAAGUUAUGAUCAUUUAUAUAUCAAAGGUAAAUUCGUUCUAGAAGCUAUUAGUGAACGGAACUUGAUGUGUAUGAAUAAGAUCCUUGAAAAUUAUCAGACUUUCGCCAUCAAAGAUACCCCUUUGCGGUACGUUAAAUAUUAUGGGUUGGAGUUAGUGUCAUUUCAUCUCGAUAGUAUGAAGUUAUUAUCGAAAGGAAGGAUCCCCGAGAAAUGGUUGGAGAAGGACAAAUUGUUACCCAAGGGUGCUAUGGGGGUGGAAGAGAUUAUCCAAUAUUUGAUCAAACAUUGUGAUAAUCCCAUAAUGAACAUGGAGAUAGUGGUAGCAUUUAUAUCAAGGUUCUCUUUUGGUACGCUCCAUGGAAUAGCGAUAUUCCAGUUUGAUUUAGCAAGGGCUUUGAAGUAUGGGUUAACAAAUAAUUUCGAUGAAGCUUAUUUGAUGGGGACAGUAGACGAGACAAUGUGUGUGGCCGAUAGGAAUCAGGAUUUGUUCGCGGGAUUGAUGAAUAGAUAA